GCUCACCCCGCUUGGACAACCUCACCUCUUGCUGAUUUCUGAGCAAAAUAACGUCUGCACGCGGCAGCUUGCUUCUUACUGCCAAGAAAAAGGGCAGCAAUUUUGCAAAAAGACAAAAUAUCGCGUGUUUUUAUUGGCCUCUUAGUGUCUUCAGAGAACAAAUCAACCUGAGCCGCCGUUGACGUCAACGGUGUUCCCAAGAGUUCUCCCCACUCUACCUACCCCGGGGCCAUUUAUAGCUUUAGCGCAAGCACCUGCGGACAGCCUCCCCUACAUAACUCUGAAAUGUUCGUGUUUCCGGCGUUCUAUUAAGGAGUCUCCGCUGCUCCGGAACUUUAGCAUCUUGGGAGUUCUGACGCCGCCAUAGCGCUGGAACGUUCGGGUUUCCGGCGUUCUAUCAACGUCAAAGUGGUAUCCGCUGCUUCGGAACGUUCGCGUGCCAAGAGUUCUGCCCGCCACCAAAGGCUUCUCCGCUCAGCGCUGCGCCAACUUCCCUUCCAUCCAAAGAGGCGUCCCCAAGCGCUGACUCCAGCUGAUCCUGAUCUGCCGCUUAGCUCCGUCGUCAGCUCCGCCUCCCAACCCGGCAGCGGGAAGUGGCUUUGGCCUCCUGUAUGGCUCCUCCGCUCCUUCCGGCCCCUCCUCUCCUCUCGCCGGCUGUGUCUCUCGGCGCCCUCAGCACGAGGGUGCCGGCCCAGGAGGGCUCCCCAGAACGCUCUGCUUCGCCUUCUGCUGAGUGGCGCUGAGUCCCGCAGGCGCCUCCCAGGAUGAAGUGCCACUACGAAGUGCUGGGGGUGAAGCGCGACGCCUCCGACGAAGACCUGAAGCGAGCCUACCGGAGGUUGGCGUUACGUUGGCAUCCAGACAAGAACCUCGAAAAUGCUGAAGAAGCGGCUGAGCAGUUCAAGCUGAUCCAAGCUGCGUACGACGUCCUGAGCGAUCCCCAAGAAAGAGCCUGGUACGACAAUCACAGGGAAGCUUUGCUGAAAGGGGGCGUCGAUGGAGAAUACCAAGAUGACAGCCUGGACGUCUUCCAAUAUUUCACUGUUACCUGUUACUCCGGCUAUGGAGAUGAUGAGAAGGGCUUCUUCGCAGUGUAUCGGCACGUCUUCGAAAUGAUUGCGAAAGAAGAAAUGGAAUCCAUUCAGGAGGAAGAUGCUGAAGAAUUUCCAAGUUUUGGAGACUCCCAGAGUGACUAUGACACGGUCGUCCACCCCUUCUAUGGUUACUGGCAGAGCUUCUGCACCCGGAAGAAUUUUGCCUGGAAGGAAGAGUACGACACCCGGCAGGCCUCCAACCGCUGGGAGAAGCGAGCAAUGGAGAAGGAGAACAAGAAGACCCGCGACAAAGCGAGGCGGGAGCGCAACGAGCUGGUCCGCGAGCUGGUUGCCUUCAUCCGCAAGAGGGACAAGCGGGUUCAGGCGCACCGGAAGCUUCUGGAAGAGCAGAACGCUGAGAAAGCGAAGAAGGCGGAGGAGCUGCGUCGGAAGCAGAAACUGAAGCAAGCAAAGCUGGUGGAGCAGUAUAAGGAGCAGAGCUGGAUUGUCAUGUCCGAUCUGGAGCGAGAACUGCAGCAGAUGGAAGCCCAGUACGAAAAGGAGUUUGGAGAUGGUUCUGAUGAAGGAGAGAAGGAGGAGGAGCAGGAAUCAAAAGAGGAUAAAUUGAGUGAAGAGGGUGACGAGACUGACUUUUAUGAUGAUCUCUACUGCCCUGCUUGUGAUAAAUCCUUUAAGACCGAUAAAGCCAUGAAGAACCACGAAAAGUCCAAGAAGCACAGAGAGAUGGUAGCCUUGUUGCGGAAACAACUGGAGGAAGAAGAGGAGGGAUUUUCUGUCGCUGCGGCUGAUGAGAAUGAACUGAAUGCUGACGAGGAAGAGGAGACAGAAGAACUACCCAAACAAAAGCUCUCAAAGAAGCAGAGAAAGAAACAAAAACCAAUGAUGGCACAGGAAGACCCUCCCAGCGACAGAAACCUGGGGGAGCCCCCAGCCGAGGAGUCUACGCAGGCCGGUAGCACCAAGCAGAGCAGCGAGACUGACGAAGCGGGAACCGUCAGCCAAAAGCACAACCUGGAAGAUGCAAGCACUGGGGAAACUGCAGAGCCCAAAGCGGAGGUGAAAAGCAGUAUGAAAGCGAAAGGGAAGAAAACGAAAGACACAAAGAAAAGCUCUGCUGCAAGAGUACCUUCAGAGCAUCAAACAAUGCACGAAGCUUCCCUCCAGUGUGUUACCUGCAGCUGCGAGUUCCAGUCGCGGAAUAAGCUCUUCGAACAUUUAAAAGCUACGGGCCACGCCAAAGCAGUGCAAGCGCCGGCCAUGAACGGAGCCGUCAGCAACAGCAGCAGGAGCAAAAAGGAAAAAAGGCGGAACAGAUAACAGGACUUUCUGGGAUGUGCGAGAGGAACUCCUGGUCGCUUUGGAGGGCCUCCGUGGCAAAGGCCCCUCGUUUAACCCAAGGAGGUGCAGGAUUUGCAACAUGAAUUAAAAAGGGUCGGAAACACCUAGCCCCGUAACACUGUGCUAGCACAUUGUUUAAAUUGUUCCGCCCCCACCCCAAAAAACCCAGUCCUCCUUUAAAAUUGAUGCCUCAAUUUUAUGUACAUUUCAUAACACCCCCCCCAAAAGCACAGCUACACAAUUCACAAAGAGGAUCUUCCUUACUUGUAAGGAAAGCCAUAUACAGGAAGAUGCAAUAAAUUAUUUUACUGUA